AUGUCCUUUGCUUCAGGCCCUGGAGCCAGGUGGUUACUCUUUUCCUUUGGAAUGGGACUGGUAUCAGGGUCAAAGUGUCCACAAAAUUGUCUGUGUCAAACCCAAGAAGUGACGUGCUCAGGAAAGCAGUUAACUGCAUAUCCCUCUGACAUUCCCCUGGACACUCGGAGGCUGUACCUGGACAAUAACAGAAUCACCUACUUGCCAGCCAUGAAUCUAGGUCUCCUCAGUGACCUUGUUUACUUGGACUGUCAGCACAACCAGAUUCGAGAGGUGAUGGACUAUACCUUCAUCGGGGUCUUCAGACUCAUCUACCUUGAUCUCAGCUUCAACAAUUUAACCUUGAUCUCCCCACACAGUUUCUCCGUGCUCAGCAACCUGGUGCAGCUGAACAUCUCCAACAACCCUCACCUGUCGUUUCUUCACAAGUACACCUUUGCCAACACCACCUCCUUAAGGUACCUGGACCUCAGGAAUAACGGCUUGCAGAUCUUGGACCACGAUGCCUUCCACCACCUGGCAACUCUAAAGGCCCUCUAUCUGAGUGGAAAUCCCUGGAAUUGCAACUGCUCCUUCCUGGAAUUCGCCAUCUACUUAAUAGUGUCCCAUCUGGACCACCCAGAUGAUCAAAAUGCCACGUGCUCUGAGCCCACGGAGCUGGUGGAGUGGCCCAUCACCAAGGUGGGGAACCCGCUCCGGUACAUGUGCAUCACGCACCUGGACCGCCAGGACUACAUCUUCCUGCUGCUCAUCGGCUUCUGCAUCUUUGCGGCCGGGACGGUGGCAGCCUGGCUGACGGGCAUGUGCGCUGUGCUCUACGAGAACGCCCGCCGCAAAUCCGAGGAGGACGAAGUUGAGGACGAAGGCAAGCAGAGGCUGGACGUCAGCAAGAUUUUUCAAAACAGGAGCGAGUCGACCCACGAUGGAUUCCCUCAGCUGAUUUAG